AUGCCACCUCAAUCACUCACAUUGCUCAACUACAUCUUGCCUCUCCUUUUACUGUCCCAAAUGCCCAUUUCCACUGCAAAACGUUUACCGCAAAUCUACUGGAACUCGACAAAUCCUCUAGUCGAACGGUACGCUGCAAUUGGAGACACUCUUGACAUCAUCUGUCCGUUUUUCGAUAAGGAUUCUGAUGAACGUACGGAGCAGUCGAUUAUCUACAGAGUUACAGAAGAAGAAUAUGAGAAUUGUCAACGGAAAUCGAGUGCGAAAGAACUCGGUCGAUGUACACAACCAUUUCAGGAGGAGAAGCUAAAAGUAGCUUUCCGGCUGAUGAGUCCGAACCCAUCUGGAUUAGAUUAUAGGCCAGGAGUCACCUAUUAUUUUAUUUCAACUUCCACUGGCUCCCGAAAGGGUCUUUACAAUGAUCAAGGCGGUCUCUGUGCCUCUCAUAACCUGAAAAUGGUGAUCCACAUCACUGAUAGAAAUGGAGAUAUUGGAAUUCAACAUCAUCGCCAUCAUCAUCAUAAGAAAACAACCACGACUUCUACCACUACUACAGUAGCACCAGAAACCACUGAUGAAGAGACGGACUCGGAAAAGUUGUGGGAGCAAUUCUAUGAGAAAGUGAUGCCAAUUGACAACCAGUGGCCAGAAGUGACACGUGGCGAACGAGUGACUUUGUAUCAAGGGAAUAAGAAGGAUGAAUACGAGCAAGUGCCAGCAGAAGUCGUCGAUUUUGAGAUUCAUGAGAUUGGGGAUGUGGAAUCUCUCUACUCCUCGUCUGGACAACUACAAUACCUACUACUGCUUCCAGCCGUCCUCCUGCUCCGACUUCUCUGA